AAAUGGUUGCACUAUGAUGAUGUCAUCAGACUGCGCCAGAGCGCAUGCGCACUUCCUCUCAUUGCCGGGCUAACGUGCGGCGGGGCUGGGCGAGCAUCCCCAGGAUGCAGCACUGAGCCCCUCAGACCCCCGCCAUGGCAGCCCGGCUGAUGCAGCGCUGCUGCUGGCGGCACCUCACCACCUUCGCCUGCGCUCCUGCUGCCGCCCCGGCCACUCUGCUGCUGCCCUCUGGGAAGGUGCCAGCAGCCAGGGCCCUGCCACGUGUACCUCUUGCCUCCAUUCACACCUCUAUCUCCUCCAGUUGGACCGCAGACAGGUUCUCUGUCAAAGAGCAGGAGGAAGAAAACAGAAACUCGGAGCACACAGUGAUCCUGAACCUCAUCGAGGCUGCCACGAGUCCUCAAGAACUCUUCCAGCUGGGUGAACUUCACUCUCUAAAUAGCAACCAAGCUUCGCUGGUGGUUACUCGACUUUCCCGGCUUGCAGCGGAAAAGAAGCUGGAAACAGAGGGCAUUGUGCAAGAUGAACGCUUUCAGCAGCUCAUUGAGAUCGUGGAUUCUCAGAUAUCUCAGGUGUGGAAUAACACCUUGGUGAACCUCCUGAAGAGCCUGUACUUGCUGGGGAUGGAGGGCAGCAGCAGGGAGAUGCAGUCGGUGGAGCACGAGGUGCUGUGGCGGUUGCGGCGGCUCACCUUCCGCCAGCUCGCCUCCUUGGCAGAGUUCUUGGCUGUCAAGAAGGGCAAGGAGAGCAAGCUGCUCAGUGAGGUCAUCAAGAAGCUGGAGCUGAGGUGGACGGAGCUGGAGGGCACCCGAACCGUGGUGAUGCUGAUUGCCAAGGUCGGGUACAUCUCCCCUGUGCUGAUGGACCGGCUGGAGGACAAGGCUCUGGAGCUUGCCGAGCAGUUCAGCCCUGAAGACAUCCGAAAAAUCACUUUGGCUCUGGCGUACCAGAACCGGCGCAGCGUGCCUCUGCUCCGUGCCAUGUCGUACCACCUGAUCCAGAAGCACUCAGAGCUCAACCUCAGCGUCCUGAUGGACCUGAUUUUUGCCUAUGGAAAACUGAAUUUCCACCAGCCCCAGGUCUUCCAGAAGAUAGCCACUGACCUGCACCCCCACGUUCCUGCAAUGACGCCCGUCGAGGUGACGCGCUGCAUCCGCUCCUUCGCCCUCCUCAAGUGGCUCAGCCUGCCCCUGUUUGAGGCCAUCUCUCAGUAUGCCCUGGACAAUGCCAAGCAGCUGUCUGUCGCCCACCUGUGCAGUAUCAUCCUGUCUUUUGCCCGCCUUAACUUCCAGCCCAGUGGAAGCGAGGACUUCUUUAACAUGGUCCACGAGGAGCUGCAGGGCCAGCUGGACAGCCUGGAACCCCAGCUGCUGACUGACCUGGUCUGGUCACUCUGCGUGCUGCAGCAAGCCAAGGCGCCCUACCUGCAGCACGUGCUGGCACCCAACUUCCACGCUGGGAUCCGAGGCGAUCCAUCCCCCAAGGCUCAGAACUUGCGGAUGAAGCUCAUCCAAAUCAAUGCUGCUGCCAAGCUGGAGAGCCCCGAGUACCAGGGGCCGUUCCUGCCGGCUGAGAUGCUGAGUGCUGCAGAGCCAGCAGGAGAAAAGGUCACGGUGCUGCAGAGCAGCCUGCGGGAAGCCCUGGCGGGCGUGCUGGGCAGCCAGGACAACGGGCGCUGGGACGUGCGCACCAUCUACGGCUGCCAGAUCGAUGCUGAAGUGGUGCUGAACAGUGAAAAUAAACCUCUCCCCUUGAAGGACUUUGCUGCUCCCCAUCUGCCCCACUCAGAAGGGACGAAGCCGCUGCCACCGGGUGCCAAGAGGGUCGCCUUCCUCAGGUGGGAAUUCCCCAAUUUCAGCAACAGGAGCAAGGAGCUGCUGGGCCGCUACGCCAUGGCUCGGCGCCACAUCCAGGCGGCCGGCUUCCUCGUUGUGGACGUGAGUAGCCAGCCCUCAGCACCCGGCGCCUCACGUGGCCCCGUGCUGGGAUUAGCCACCGUGAUCCCCUCCUGGCCACCUGUCAGGAGGCCCCCCGGGGCAGAGCGGGGAUCAGUAAUGGAGGAGGACAGCAGACAAGGUCUUAGCGCUCUGAUCCCCGCGCCGCAGCAGCGCUGUGCUCUGCUGGGGUCAUGCAUUAUUCAGCCCCCGGAGGUAAUUAUAGCUGUGCUGGCAGAGCUGUGCAGCGGCCAGGGACCGGAGCACGGCUCCGUGGGGGCAGGAGGGCGGCGUGCCACGUGGCCCCGAGCACUGUCACCCCGCAUCAGCCUCCGUUCCCUGCGAGGAGCCCAAGCUCCCGUCCCCUCGCACGGAGCUGCCGCUCUUUGACGCUGAUGCGAAGCGAGGCCCGUGCCAUUGUGUGGUCCCCCCCCUCCCCGCAGCCCAUGCACUCGCUGGCUGCAGAGAUUCAGGUGGGGAGAUGGGAGGAGGAGAAGGAGGAGGAGGGGGGGGGCGGGGGGGUUGAAGCGCUUCCUUCAGCUCGAGCUUUGUGCUAAAUAUAGCAGGGGUGGGUGGGGGGAUCCCCCCCAGUCUGCUCCCUCCGCGGGUUGGAGCCAUCAGAACAAGCGAGCGCCGUGCAAGCUGCCCCAGCGCCGCUCCCCCCUCCUGGUUGGCUGCUGCAUCUCUCCGAAUAAAUGCUGCGUCCUCGCCAGGCAGGGGUUGCCGUGCUGCUGGGCAGGGAGGCCGGGAUGCGCAAAGGGGAGGAACCAGGCCAUGAAGGCCUGCACGUACCCUGCAGCUGGGAUGAAAAAUUCAGCGGGUUUCGGCGCUCUCAGAUCACAACGGGAAGGAUCCGCGCUCUGCCCCGGGGUGGCAGCCCCCAUAACACUGCUGCCCCGGGGGGGGGGUGAUGCUUCCCAGUAAUGGCCAGCAGGGCCGUGCCAAGGGCAUGGUUUCCCUCGCCCUCCCUGCAGCCUCGUCAAAUUCGGUGCCGCCUGUGCCGUGGUGCGCGCCGGCCCAAAGGCUGCCACAGCAUCGCCCGUGCUUCAUGGGCCCCACGUCCCUGCUGUGGGGCGGCGGGGAUAAAAACACGCCACGGACACGGCCGGGAGCUGAGCACCUCCCCACGAUGCCGGUGUCCCCAUCCCUCACUGCCUCUUCUCUUUCCCCCCCCCCCUC